AUGCGCCUUAAAUGUUUUUGGGUGAAAAAUAUGCGCAAACGAGGUGCACUGAUGCCGAGGCCGAACGUAGGCAACCCUCUCCACGCCCUCUUCACUGGACGCACGUGGACCGAAAUUAAUAUCCAAUGUAAUAAGUGUCCAUAUAUUGUGUUAUUAUUUAUUAUUUACUCGAUUACUAUUCGCAAGCCAGCCAAAGAAAGAUACAAUGUUUUCGGCAUUGUGUUCAGGCGCGUCGCCCGUUUAAUUGAACCGGUUUGCUUGCCAAAAGAAACGUUCCGGCGUGUUAUCCUCAAGCCCGCCAACAUAUUAUAA